AUGAAGGUCGCCAUCAUCGGCGCCGGGCCCAGCGCCCUCGUCACCGCAAAGACGCUCCUCGAAGUCAGCGAUGCGCAUCCAGACUUCAAGCCCGUCAUCACCAUCUUUGAGGCAGAGGACGACAUCGGCGGCACCUUCCGCUACCGCUCCUACUCCAACGCCACCCUCGUCUCGUCCAAACAGCUCACCUCCUUCUCCGACUUUCGCCUGCCCCUCGAUCACAAGGACCACCUCACCCUCGCCGAGUAUGUCAACUACCUCGACGACUACACCAGCCACUUUAAGCUUCGUUCACGAUGCCAUUUCCGCAUGAACACCAAGGUCAUCAAGUCGGUGCGCGUCGACGGCGGCCAUCUGGUGCGCUACCGCUUGCUCGACGCUCCGCCCGACGGAAGCGCAGACCGCUCCGAGGUGUUUACCCAUCUGUGCGUGUGCUCCGGUCUCCACGUCACCCCUGCGCUCCCCACCAUCCCCGGCCUGCCACCCACCAUCCAGGGCGAUCAGCUGGUGGACAACCCCAUGGGCUCCGACGAGGCCGUCGCAUCGCGCAUCCCCGAGCCCAUCCACCACGCUAAGUGCGCCGCCAACAUCAUCACGCUCCACUCGUCCCAGUUCAAGGACCGCUCCCUCUACCGCGGCAAGCGCGUCAUGGUGCUCGGCACCGGCGAGACGGGCAUGGACAUGGCGUACGAAGCGGUCAAGGCCGGCGCCAAAGAAGUCGUCCUCUGCACCCGCUCCGGCUUCCUCCUCUUCCCCGCCGUGCUCGCCGACUUUGUCGUGCUCGGCAACGUCUUUGACGGCAACCUGCCCAUCGACGGCCUCAUCACCAACCUCUUCGAGACGGCCUACGUCCACCCCUGGGUGGCUGCAUCCCAUCUGCGCUGGUUCGUAUCCGACUUUGUCAUCAAGCGCCUCCUCUGGCUCCUCACCGGCACUCAGGCCGGCUGCAACCAGUGGGUGGGCGAGCUCGAGCCCCAUCGUCUUGGCCGCGCCUACACCUUUCUCAACAAGAGCUCCAAGGCCAUGCCCUACAUCAACCGCGGCUGGAAGCGCCGUUCGCCUCUGCUCGAACGUCUUACGCGAUACCUCGAUCCGCCUACCGUCAAGCCCGACGAGGUGUCGGUCGACCUGGCGCCCUUUCCUAAGUGCGUGAAGGAAGACGGAACGGUGGAGUUCGUCCGCAACGGUCGCAAGGAGGAGCUGCGCAUGCGCAACCGCACCGUCAAGCCCGACAUCGUCGUCUACGCUACCGGAUACACGCAGAACUUCGACUUUCUCUCCAAGGAGUACCCCGUGCCCGCUACGGUACGCUGUCGCGAUGUGUUUGACGCCGAUGAUCCGAGUGUGGCGUUUAUCGGAUUCGUGCGUCCCGGCGUGGGAGCGAUCCCGCCCAUCGCAGAGAUGCAGGCGCAGCUCUGGACGCUCGUCCUCCGAGGUCAAAUCCCCCCGCCACUCUCGACCCCGCACUACUACCUGCUGGUCAAGGAGAAUGCAAGGAUCAAGUACGGCGUCGACUACUCGUCCUACGUCUCCACACUGGCUCGCGAUAUGGGCACUGCCCCGCCGCUGGCUGAGCUGCUUUGGACGUACGGUCUCAAGGUCACGCUCAUCUACUGCUUUGGUGCGGCGUUCCCGACGUUCUACCGUCUUCUCGGGCCAUACAGGCAUCCCGAUGCGAAGCGCAUUGUGGAGACCGAGAUCUACGAUACGAUCAGACGCCGCGGCGUGGUGGGCAACCUCAUGAUGGGUCUCAUCCCCAUGCUCUUCUAUGCCUGGAUCAACCUCGUUGCGCUCGUCGCCGAGACGGGCUGGAGGAUCGUUUCGGUCCUUACGCCGGGAUCGUCGCGCAAGGCUGAGGCGUCCACCGGGCGUCGGUUCCAGAGCGACUUUCACCAGGACAGCGCUGCGCCAGUCAUGGCCGGGAGGGGAAAGAAUGCGGGGAACAAGAGAGGGCGAAUGCUGCGGUUGUUUGCGUUGUUUGCAGGCACGCUUGCUGUGGCAGGGCAGGGGGUGGAGGGGAAUACCGAGAUCCGCAACUUUGGACCUGUGCGGUGCCGCGCCGACGAGUACGGCCAUUUGGCCGCCAAGGCAGCCGACCAGCUCUCGGCCUCGUGGCCGGUACUGCACGCACGAGCGCAACCGUCUCUAUUCGCGCUUGACCUUGACGGUUUGGGCACGGCAUCUGCAGCAGGAGCCUGGGUGGUACUAGACCUUUCGUCGGGCGGGCGGUUUACGCUGCCGUCUCCCCGCGAGGCAAGGAUGUACGCCGAGUUGGGUGUGCGCGGUCGAUAUGUGCGCGAGACGAUCGACAGUAUAGCAUGGUGGUUCACCCGACGUUUUUCGCUGCGUGCGUCGGUGGGAGCCCAGCUGGCGGUGGAUCUAGAUCUGCAUGUCAUGGGCCCAGAGGAGGCUCUGCAGUUGGGCGGCGUCGAGUGGAAGGCCGAGCUGGUCGAAACUGCCCGCGUCUCCACCGACGGUGUGACACUUGAAACAAAGGAGCACGAGGAAAGGGAGGAGGGGGAGAGGGUUACGUUUAAGGAUGUACACAAGCAAGUGGCGGGCGAGAUUUUGGCAGCCGAUACAAUUGCCAUGAGCGAGGAAACACCGCCGCUGUUUCCCUGCACCAAGCUGUUCGUGCACAUUGUACCCCGACCUGUCGGCGUCACCAUCCCCCCUCCCGCAGCUCACAACUCAACGUUGCUGCGACUGGCAGAGGCCGUCUUUGGCGGUUUGCAGUCCACCUCGCACGGGGCACACGCGGCACCCAUCCACCUCACAUUCGAACGACUCUACCUCGGCUUCCUCCCCUCCACCGCGCUCAACCUCCUCCCACCCCUACUGGCCAUGCUCGCCCUAGCAUACUUCUUCAUCAUCCCCACCCUUCACACCCUCAUCCCCCCGCGCACCCCUACCAUCCCCCCGCGCACCCCUACCAAAUCGAGCUAA